GGUUGUCAACAGCUCUGUUUAUUUCCUUGUGAGGUGUAAUUAAUGCUAACGAAGAUCUUGGAGAAGACCCUGAGCGGAGAGGGAACAUUUGAGGCAGGCUUGUGGAAGCAUCUGCUGUGGGCUGAAGCAAUCAGGAAUAGAAAAAUCCAGUCGUGAUUCUAAUUCCAUGACAUCGGGCAAGUUAGCUGGGUUUGGGCCGUUUGGGGAGCACGCCGUGAACGCCAGCUGGAUUGCAGUUCAGGAGCUGGAGAAGCUGGGGCUGAGGGAUGACGUGGAUCUGCACGUCUAUGAGGUCCCUGUUGAGUACCAGACCGUGCAGAGACUCAUUCCUGCCUUGUGGAAGAAGCACAGUCCCCAACUGGUUGUCCACGUGGGAGUGUCGGGCAUGGCCACCACGGUCACCUUGGAGAAGUGCGGCCACAACGUGGGCUACAAGGGGCUGGACAACUGUCGCUUCUGCCCGGGCUCGCAGUGCUGCGUGGAGGGCGGCCCCGAGUGCAUCGACUCCGUCAUCGACAUGGACGCCGUGUGCCGCCGCGUCUCGGCGCUGGGCCUGGACGUCACCGUCACCAUCUCCAAGGACGCCGGCAGGUACCUCUGUGACUUCACCUACUACACCUCGCUGUACCAGAGCCGUGGGAGGUCGGCGUUCGUCCACGUGCCCCCUUUGGGAAAACCUUACAGCGCGGAGCAGCUGGGCCGGGCCCUGCAGGCCAUCAUCGAGGAAAUGCUGCAGGUUUUGGAGCAUUCCGAAGACAAAAUCAACUGCCAGCACGAACACUGAGCCCGCCCAGGAGCUCUCCCGAGUAUUGCACUUCCAGGAUUUUCCCCUGCUGCCCAAGAAUUGGGGGGGAAAAAAAAAAAACAACAAAUGAACGUAAAACAAACAAACAAACAAAAAAAACCACCCCAGUUUCAGGACCCAGAAUUGGAGACUUCAGAGAAAAAAAAAAAAAAAGAAAAAGAAAAAAAAAAAAGGAAAAUUCCGCGAAUUCAGCUUCUAGAAAUUGACUUUUUGUUGUUGUUGUUGUCGGAUCUGUGAGUUUCAGCCUGAGAUAAGAAAAGACUCAAAAAUCUCUCCUCUAAAACGCCUGCAGCUCCUGAUUCCCGAGGCUGGGAGCUUCCAGGGAAUGGAUCCUCACCUUGCACUCGGCCUUCAGGCGCGGGGAAUCGCUCUCCCGGUCCCGUGGUGGCUAAUCCUGGAGCUGAAACCUUCUCUUCCCCUUGGUUUGGGGUCGGUUUUCCCCCCUUCUCCUGACCCAAAUUCGAGGGGAUAACGCGGAAGGAGUCGGGCUGCUGUGGGAUUGCCCUGGCAAGCGGAGUUUGGUGGCUCUCAGGAGCCUGAAAUUGCUUUGCUGGAACGGAAAAUGAUUUUAAUCCCCGAUUCCUCACUCCACAUCCUCCAGAUAUCCCUAGGGCCUCUGUGGCUGCGGUACAAGGGACGUGUUUGGGGUUCCUUUAGGAUUUUUUGGGGGGGGGUUUUUUUUUGGAGCCUGACUCCUAAAUCUUUCCAAAUCUCUCUCUCCUGGCCGCCUCUCUCCCUCGCGUACCAGGCACCUGGGUUCAAGCGUGUCUAAAACCAGUCAGCAGCGGGUGAAAAGCUUUUCUGGGAGCCACUUUCCCCACUGGAAAUCUCCAUCCUCUGGGCUCUUGGUGCUCGAUGCUGUUUCUGAGCGAUUUACGACUUCCCCAGCUCCAGGUUUCCCCUCUUGGUGCAGGUGGGGAGAGUAACGUUGUAACUGAGAUCCCGAUCCCGCCUGGAAUUACGGGAAUUCCGUAAAAACGCGGGUGGGAAGAGGCCCUGCAAGAUCAGCUCUUCAGCCCCAGCCCGCUGCCGGGCGAGGAGGGAUUUGAAAUGGAGGAAUUUUGCCUGAAGUGAGGAGCCCGGGCUCCUCCUCGGGAGGGUGCAGGAUGCUGCUUUCGGGAAUUCCCCCAGGAAUUCCUCUGGGGAAGGGCACGUGCAGGACCUCAGGUGGGUGAUGCCGGUCCUGUGCAGGGGAUUCGCUGCCAGAUUUUGAGAUUCCAGCAAAAAAACCCCAAACAAAACAAAACAAAACAAAAAAAAAAAACCCAAACAAAACCCAGCCGAAGCUGGAGCAGACACAAAACUCGGGGAACUCGUGGAGAGGCCGUUUGGACAGAGGAGCAGAUGCUUUUACAAACAGGCAUAAACGUACAUAAAGCAACAUUUUAGAGGUUUUAAAACCCCGCGGUUUGAAUUUCUCUGGUGCUGACUGCUGUAGUAACUCUCAGUGAGAGCUGCCCUGAGCUUGCCAGGAGGAGUCUGGCGGCGGGGCAGAACCACUCCUCGUAACCCCUGAGGCGGGACAAAGACUUUGCGGCUGCAAGGACUCUGCUGAGGGCACCUGAG